AUGAACGGCGAUGGUCUAGAGGACAUUGGAAAAGCUUCAACUCUAUUGCAAGGUGAGCUGAUAAAUUGUACAAUUAACUGAAUUGAAUUAUCCCAACAAUUUUCUUUCCUUGAGUGCAAAACGUUUACCAGGUUCCGCUUAUUCUACAUCCAGCUCUCGUGAAGGACUUACGUUCAAAUCAAAACAGUGAGGAGAGGGUGGCAGUGUUGGCCGAUCGUAUAACAAACCUGACGUGCAGAAUGCAUCAACUUACAUUUGAAAGAGCUGACAAUAAUGCAGUGUUGAUACAGAUUCAUAGCAAUGCUGUCACUCUGUGGAAUAUUGCUGUGGCAAUGAAGACGGGUAGUGGGCAAACUGGAACAACCGAAAAUGCAAAAUGUAUGUAUUUUUUUCCUUCUCACUACCUGAAUUUAGUUGUUAAAGUAAGGUUCCACCUCAACCAUGCUUUAACCCUUCCACUCCCAGAUCUCAUUAGCAAUAUUCUCCUUAUAGUCCUGAUACAAUUCGUACGGUACUUGUUCGAAGAACAUGGUAUCGGAUCAACAAAUAAUCAGCUAACUGAUAUCUUCGUUAUUCUCAUCACUUGCCUGCUUGAAAUUGCAUCAAUUUGACAUUGUAAAGAUAAUUUCUGUCUCGGUCACUUAUGGGAGUUAAAAGGUUAAAGAGAUGUUGCUUUUGAAACUGCAAGAGUAACAAAUUAUUAAUUCAGAUUUCUUCGCUUGCUCGGAUGAAGAGAAGAUUUUUUUCAAUCUUGAAUAUUACCGACUCCUUUGUAUUAUCAGGAUUGUCCGCAUUUGUGCACUUUUACCAGUUUACCAUGACUUUCAAUUGCAACCUUUACUAGUGAUCGACUCACAACAGGCGACAUUUAUGCUGACACCGGCUGACCCAAGAUGUAGCGUUAAACUCAACCAAAAGCCUUGAAAAUGUCAGCCGAGUCGGUUAACCGUAAAAAAUUGCUGCGAGUAGUCGUGAGAUAUUCAAGAAAGAUUUUGGAAGCUAGUAUCCACAACGACUUACAUAUCACAUAUAGCCUUAUCAGGCUCUCCACCCGUAAGACGAAUUUCAAGUUAGAUGAAAGACUUUUUGGAAUAAGUACACUGAAAAUGCAGUUGAAAAAUACCCGAAUUGGUGUAAAAUAUAAACCUUUUUGGGUAUAAAAUUGUAUACACAAAAAUUUCUCUCCCUUUCCCUCUUUCACUUCUUUCGAGUAGUGUGAACGUAAGAAUGCCGCCCUCAAUUAUCCUGUUGCGAUUUUACCAAUAGGGGCCUCUGACCAGUGAAUAGGAGGAAAAGGCUUCCUUGGCGGAAUAAUCCAUUGCUUUAAAUUGUAUUUUUUUCUUUCAGUGAGGCAUGCAGCUUGCAAGCUUUCAUUUUUUGCUAAUGCUGCUGAAACAUGUGAAGUAACCUACCGGAAACAGUUAGUGGUACGGAAUUAUGUAACAAUUUUAUAAAUGAAAUAAAAACUCAAAUUUAUUCAAAGUAAAUCCAGUUAAAUGAAUUAAUAAUUUUGUUCAUAAUGCAACACUUGAUAAUCUCGUUUCUUUUAGAUGACGACGAAAACAGGACGAGCCUGGCUGGGUGAGAAAAAAUAUUUACUCAAUAUUAUAGCUUCAUUAUAGAACAUAGCAGUUUCAUUCACUUUGCAAGAAAAUUUUUACGUCUAAGUUUAAUUUCCGUCAGGUGACUAACCCCUAGGUAAUCGCCUAAAUAAGACAAAGACAAUUAAACUUUGCAUUUGAUACGAACAUGGGUAGAAAUAGUCGGGAAAGUGGGUAAUUGAGCGCAAGAUAAAUCGCUAAAGCCAUCGUUAUGUUUAGUUAAGACGAUGAGGAAAAGCCUAAUAAAUAAGUUUUUCGGGAUGAACAAGGAUUUUAUCAUUCACAAUCAUACCUUUAUCUUUUCCUUUUCCUUUCAUAUAUUUCAAUGUCGACCAAAUUGUGUACUACAGAUUGUCAGAAUCCAGCCAUGGCAGAUGAAUGUCUUGCCUUAGCAACUGAGGCAAGUUUGUAGACUACAUAAGAAUAUUAUGAUUUGAAAACACGAUUAAUUUUUUUGUAUUAACGGUGGUAUCUAAGACGACUGUUUUGUUAAAAUUGCAGUGUUGGAAUGGGCUGCAGAAGUCGUGGUCAUCAAGAGAUGAACAUGAUUCACCUACACCAGAGCAAUCGAAACAGAUCGCAGAAUGCGAGCGAUACAUGUUCAGAGUCUACUGUUAUAGAGCAGAAACGGUGAAUAUCAUUUACCGCUACUCUUCGUGUGAUCCAGUUUAUCAAAAUAAUUAUAUUAAUGAAAAAUAACGAAUCCAGGAAAACUUAAAGUUCCUCUGGAUUUUUUACGUUUUUUCGUUCCAAGAGAAUACAGUUGAUGUGUGGUGGCCAUUGAUUGAAACCAAAACGAAAACCUUCCAGUCAUUCCCGAAUCAAUCAUAGGAAACCUUUCCGGCUUUCCUUACCAUACAAAAUGUUCGAAUUUGCCCUGAGAAGUCUUUAUGCUGUUCGGGAAAGCUAUAGAAAAAAGACACAAGCAGCAGGGUUGACGGCAUGUUCUAGGAGAAAAUAUAAUAUACCUUUUUUUAGUUCUAUAGAUGACACUCUAUUCCCAUUUUUAUGGCGCAACCGCAAUUACUCAGCUAGCAUAUUUGUUAUCCAUCAAAGAAUAAUUUGAUUUUUUUAUUGCAAAAUAGAGCUUUUCAAUGUGUCAGCAAGAUAGAACACAAUUGAAUGUAGCCAAAGCUAAAGAAUUCAUGGGCAGACUUCCUGCAAAGGAGGUAAAGGUUCAAUCUAAAGUUGGUCUAUUUGACAUCGAGCGGCUAUUUACAGCUUUGAUUUUCUUAAUUUUUUCGUCUUAAAUUUUGUUUACAUAAGUGCAUUACGCUGGCGGAACUGUGCUACAAUUUUGGGGUUGAUACAUAUUACAGAGAGGAAUACGAAAAAUGUAUUGCAUGGCUAAGGUAGGUGAAAUUUUGGAAACAACUGUGAUUGGCCUACUUUUGUUUUGAGACAAUUCGUUCCGGAUUUCUUACAGUAAUCUACAGCGUGAUAGAGAGUGAGCUACUGGAGAGUCACCAUUUCCCAAAUCAAAUGUUGGAAAACGAGUGAUUUGGGGAGAUAGGAUAGGUAUCUAGAAUCUUAGGAUCUUCUUAAUACUCUUUUAGUGUACGUCAUAUUAUAGGCGAAAAGACGAAAUUGCAUCACCGAGCAAUUAUGACAAUUAGUGUCCUAGAAACAUGAUCAAAUUUAUCUUUCACUCACAAUUUUUGCAGGGAAAGUUAUGAUAUUCGGAAAGAAAAUGGUUCUUCAGGAGCUAAUAAACGGGUGAGCGCCUUUAACUCAUAAGUAAAAUGUUAUCCUUUCAUCCACUUACUUUGUCCGAGUAAGAAAAAAAAGAGCAUGCUCGGCCGUUCAGCUAUUUCUUAAAGUGAAAAAAGCUAUAGAAUACUGUAAAUUAUGGAGUUAAUUUCCACGUUGCUUCAAACUUGUAGUGCUGAUCAAAUUUCUGGUUACAGCAAGCUACUACUUUGCGUCUCAUGGCCAAUGCAUAUCUUGACUGGGACUCUAAACAACAUUGGCAAAUGGCUCUUAAUGCAGCUGGUAGGGAAAAGUUAUUUGAAUAAAGUAUUUUUAAUUCUUUUUUUUUUUAUCAGUCUAAAUGGUUGGUUUUGAACAUUCGUGUUCUAUGCUUGGUUUAAUUCCACCCUUGACCGCGAUCAUUUGUCACCCAACUUCCGUAGUUUUAGUGCUACAGUUUCAAUUAAAUUUAAAUUCAAUCCAAUCAUCAUAUUUUCUUUGAAUUUUGAAAUCUUUCCCAAUAUAUCCAACCCGAAUAAAUAAUAUCUCUUCCACUAUUUUUUUUUCAGACCUUGCGAACUCUGUAAGUGGCGUUGCUUUCUUUUAAUACGUUACAUUUCUUGUUUCAAACCUCCUCCGGCUAUUGAUUCUUCAGCCAUGAAAUGAUAAAUUAUACGUUGUGUUUUAGGAGCAUGGGCAUCCGGCUGGGCUUUACUUAAAAGCCAAACUUCUUUUGAUGGGUAAUGGAGACGAAGAGUUGCCGUGUUCAAGAUUGUGGUCUGGUAUGAGGAUCUUAGGAAUACUUCUCUCUUAAAUUAAGAUGAACUCAACUUCCAAAGUAAGUUGUCGUGCAAAGAAAUUUUAAAGGAUAUCUAAUCCAAAAUAGACUACAACAUAUUAGUGCGAUAAAAAACAAACAGCCACAAAACAUCAACAGAAACAACUUAAACAAAAAAAACAAGAAAACAAGGGAGGCAACCAUAAAACAACGGAAGAAAGAGUCCUUCAAUGAUGGCCACGUAAGGAGAAUAUUAGGAGCGAUUGCAAACCACCUAUUAGAAUAACGUGGCUCGACGUUUCAAGGUCUGCACGCUGUGACCUAUCAGCUCCUUCAAUAUAUAAUCAUUGGUACGCGUUUAUAGCUAUAGAUUUUGAGGACGAGUCGAACGGAAUGCAGAUUGAGAAGCUCCAUUUAAAUUCUCACCUUUCCUUUCACCCAGCAUUCGAGGAUACUCUCCGGCACCCUGACUUAAAAGUGGAUCUUGGGCUUUGUGCUGUAAACCUAGCCGUCCAAUACAAGAGGUGAGUGAUCUAUAAUAUCGUUGAUAGUAUGAUCAACCAUGGUUUGUAAUACGCUUACCAGUUACAUAAUGUAUUACCAUUUUUACCUUUUGGCAAAUGUGGUAGCCUGUUACACUUCUUUAUGGAAAUAGACAUUAAGAGUCGCAUAUUUUCCUGUUUAUGAGAGAACAAAGCUUGAUGAAUGUAUUUUAUUACGUUUUUAUCCUCAGAACAGAGCUGACUUUUGACUGCUUGAAAAUCUUGGAAUCUAGAUUUAAAAAUUCUCCCGACCUAUACAAAGUUCAGUUAGAGCAUUUGGUAAGUUUCAAAUAAUUCAUGGCGUUGGCAUAAUAUUUUUAUUCGGUUGCACCCGUUAUAGGGUAAAGUUCCAAAUCAUCUUGAUGUAGUUUCACAAGGUAUUUACACGUGUAAUUAAAGUAAGAAAAUCUUCUUUUGGUUAAAGGUUGGUACAGACCUGCUGCUCCCAACUGUGGUCGAGUUCAAUAAAGGACAUAGUUGGAGGCAGAUAGUUAUUAUAGCCCGAAUUGAUCUAUUACCAUAAAGUCUUAAUUACCAAAACUGACCUCAAUUUUCCCUCUCUGCUUUCCAUAUCUAAUCCUUGAAGGAACUUCUUCUGACGAACAACAAAGAUGAAGAUGCCAAAGCUCUCAUCGAAAAAUGCAUUGUUGGUAUGUUUUUUUCCGUUUUUCCUCUUUUGAAAUCGCUAAGAAAUUUUUGAGUGGCGAGGUCACUGUGACGAAGUCAUCAGGGAUUCUUUGUAACAUGAUCAUGAUUGUUAUUCUUAUUGUAGAUUCAUUUUCGGAACUUUAAGAAGGAAUAAAAGAAAUUAUAUUUAUUCUGAUUAGACUUUCCGAGAACCACUGCCCAUUUCGGAUGAGAUUAUACGCAAAGCAGGAGUACGUCGUUUGUUUACCAGUGAUUAUUCAAAAAACUCACGUAUUCGUGUUAAACUCUGUUAUAGCACAGCUUUUUUCUCUAUUUUCUUUAGAUCAAAUGGAGAGGUCUCUCGAUUUUCAGAUUUGUCAGCGAUUCCAUAUUCUCUUGUGGGAAAAAGCUGCUUCUGCUUACGAGGUUAAGGCAACUGUUGGCAAUUAUCAUAAUCCAUUAAUUCAUUUUCGCACGUAAACAGAAUUUUGUUCAACGAUAUAAUAUACUAGCUUUUCUAGGUAGCACCAUUAGGCUAGCACUAUCAUUGACCGACAACUUUCUCGUUCUUUCCUUAGAGGAAAAGCUACAGAGAAGCCUUAGACUGGUACAAUUACUCUUUGAGCUUCUUUUCUUCAAAAGAGGAAGACAUAAAGAAUAUUGGGAAACUCCUGGUUAGUGGUUAGUUUUUUUAGGCCUAAUUAAAUUUAAUCGAAACGCCUCAUUGAAAAACUAAGCAAUGACAGGUAUUAUCUAUGAUCUGGGUAAGUAUGACAUAUCUUCAGCAGAAUUUAUAACACUUCAGACGAGAACCUUUUCGCAGGAAAAACCGAACCAAACAGAAUAAUAAAAUAGCAAUAGAAAAAUUAUAGUAAUAUUGGACUCACUUCACUUACAAUCAGGAUAAGAGAGUUCUCUACCUCUUUUUUACGCAGAGGAACAAAUGCUCCUGUUACAUGAAUCUUCAAGAUUACGAAAAGGUCGGUAUUAAUAGUUAAUUUUUAGUCAUUCGAUAAAUGCUCUACUUUCAACAUGGUGGAUAGUUUUGGACGACUGAAUAUGAAUGCCUCUCCUUUUUCAGUUCUUGUACUUGCGUUAGGCUUAUUAUCUCCCUGAUUUCAUCUGACGGGACUGUGAUUUUCUUCAUAGAGCAAACCGGAGUUAACUCCAUGAGCUAGUUGAUCACUCAAUUAAAAUCUCAUGUUUCUUCCAUUUUCUAUCUCAUACUCCUAUGAAAAAGUACCAAAUAAACAAACAAAGUUUAAAAUAAGGCCCUUUCACUUUCUUCAGCUUAUUUUUCUUUGUUUGUUUCUUCGUUUGCUUUAUAGGCCAAAGAAGUUAUAGUAGAAGCGGAGCAAAGUGAUCCUGACAGUCCCGUCAUUCAAUUCUACAAGUUUAAAAUCGCUCUCGCCGAAGGACAAGAUGUUGUCGGUCAGUUGUGCAUUUGUAUUCUUUGACAUCUUUUACGGUUUACAUUGCAAAAUAGGGCAAUGUAGUGAGAGGUUAUUCUUGUCACUGAGAGGCACGAGCUUACUCAGAAAAAAGGCAGGAUAGGUGUUUCAAACCUAAAUAGAAAACACGACCCUCCUAUUACUGAUUCUUGUCUCUCAUGUUCUCUCUCCAUUGGUUUGUUGUAGCUGUAGACGCAAUGACAAAGAUAAGCGAGGUUGGUUCAAAUCAAGAUAAUGAUGUAGCAGAGACUAAUGCUCAUGGACUGAUCUGCCUUGCUGCACAGCUAGCUCUAGAGGUAAACUUUCAUGUUACAAACAGAUGGACAGCAAAUACGCUCUGCUGUUUACGUUCCAGGUCGGAGUACUGAUUGUCCUUCGCUCUAUUGCGGAUUGAAUUGACUCGGUGACACCAAUUAUUUGAGCGAUAUCGCUUUUUAUAUUGAUUACUACAUAAUGACUUGGGAUUUCUAUAGCACGAAAUUAACAAAAUGUUAACUUGAAUGGACCGUGAUCAGAAGGGUGUAGCUAAAAUUUAUCAAACCCUUGCGCGCGUAGAAGAUGAAAAUAGGAAUUUUGAAUACAAAGUAAGAAAACUUGAGUUCUUUAAAGAUUUAAGGUUGGUACGCAAGUUCCUUAGAUACCUUUUAUUCCACUAAUCUCUUUCCACACAUGAACUCUUUCCAUAUAUGCAUUCUUUCCAUAUACGAACUCUUUCCAUUUCUACAAAUUCCCACAAUAGUGAUUUGUUGCUAGAAAGCGCAAGAUCAUUUUUAUCAGAGAAAAUGCAGUCUGCAGUCACCAGGAUAGACUGAGAUAAAUGACGUGUACCUUGUCCUUCAGCAAAAGAACCAUAACGUAGCUGUCAAUGCCUUAGAAAAAGUCGUAGCGAGCAGCGCCGAUAACCAGCAGGUUCUAACCUCACUUAGGUAAGUCAUUCAAGUAUUUUCCUCUCUUUUCAUCACGAUCGCGUUUUUGUAAUGAAAACAGACAGGUGUGCUGCUGCUGACACGGUUUGAUAAGCUAAUUUGCUUGAUAACGAAAAUGGUGCUUGCGUUUAGUCGGUUUCUUUGAGUUUCUUCUUCAAUCCAUCUCCAGUGCUUGUUGUUCAAAAUUGCCACGCUUGGUAAUUUUUUUCUGAGACAGGCUGUUUUAUCGUAGUGUGAGAGCUCCAUUUCACCGAAUGUGUAAAAUCCGUGACGCAACCCAUUUUUUCAUUCUCUACCCAGAAAAUUAAUAAUAGGACGGAAAAAUCAUGGAGCGUUCCCUUUUUUGGAAGAAAAAGAUUAGCCGUGAUCGCUAGUUCAAAAUGUUUUUAAUAGGUGCCUGACAAGACUAAAACUGACGCAGUCCACAGAUUCUGGAGCAAAGUAAGUUAAGGAGGAAUUCUACCUGGAUACCCAUUAUUAAGGCCAGGUAAAAGGAGGGGGUAAAAAAAAAAGGUGGAUUGAGGGAUUACAUCCUUUUUGUUACGCAUUAUUGUACACUAUGACAAACACUUAAAAGAAAAAAAAUUCCACGAAAAAAUGAAAAAACAAAAAAGAAAAGGGAUACUUCUAUACAAGGUAGCCUUAAGAAAACAGUGUCACUAAACAUUUUGUUUAAACACGACUGUUAGCCGUACUUUUUAUGUCCCAAUGACUGUCUCUCAUUGUCAAUAAAUUCGUUAUUAUUAAUCAGUUCUGCGGCUCUUUUCCAUUGAUUCAGAAAAGAUUACAGCAGCUUUUUGCUUUACCUACAGACUGGUAAGUGUUACACGAUUUUAGAAGUCUGAUAAGAGGGUUUCAAGUGAAGUGUCCCUUAGAUAGAGGUAGCUACCUUACCCCUGUUCGUAUAAACGUAACUUUUUCUGAAUCCACUGGAUUCAACUCCAAAUAUUUUUUUCUGAAUCCCAACUAGUGGAAAACUUGAUGCACGACAGGAUCCUUACUUUGUUCGUAGUUUUUUAUCUGUAAAGUUUGCUCAACUAUUCCAGUCAAAUCCGCCUCUCAUUUUCUUUUUUAGCUUUAGAUCGCUUGAAUCAGAUGGAGCUGGUGAGCGAUUCUAAUGUGCAAACAGAAGCCAUAUGGUUCAUGAAAAUUGGUAAAUUUUUCCUGAUUCUUUGAUACUCUUGUAUUUCACGGGGUGCGAAGAAUUAUAUGUUAAGAGGGUUACUCAAGAACGAGGAGAGAUGUUAAAAUCAGAUGUAAGCUAUACAUGUAAUUUGUGCUUAUUGUCUUUGACUGAUAUCCAGUAAACAUAGUGAAAUGAUAGGACAUCACGCAGAUAAUAUAUAGCUUUAAUACAUAGCGGGGAUGUGGAAUAUGAGAUCACCGCUUCCCGCCCCUUUUGACAUCCGGGACAUUACUCGAAUUCCGGAUUUAACUAUGUAAAAUAAACACACCUAUGUCAUAACAGACAGGGAAAUGGGUGGGGACAGAGAACAAUUCCAUCUCAAGUUGCGAAAUAUUCGGCGCUAGAAUUUAUUUUCAUCCCUUAAUUCUGUGACAGACAAAAGGAAUCACUACUAGACAACAACUUAGUUAAAAAAGAAAAAUGCCUCCACCCCCCAAAAAAUAUAGAUAUAUAUAUGUAUUUAUAUAAUAAGCGCAGUUAUGCAUGCAUUCCGAUUGGUUCUCACUUAUGAUCUAUUAGUGGACAGCCGUAUAGAUGACGUCAUCGUUAAAACUUUUUUUUCCGUAUAUUUUAAUUCUUUAUUAUAUAAAACAAAUAGAUUCCAAGUUGCCGUGCGUCUGUUCAGUAAUAGAUCACAGAUGACGUAAAAAAUGUGGUAAGAACAUCAGUGACACACUCGGCUGCGCCUCGUGUGACACUUUUUUGGCAACUUGGAAUCUAUUUGUUAAAUAUAUGAAUAAAACAAAAAUAAAACUUAUAAUAAGCAUUAUAUGGCAUUUGCGAAAAAAGUUUAUUUGUUUUUUUUAGCGUGGAAUCUAGCUUUGGAAAGUACCGAUUGUUGUACAGAGAUGCAGGAACUUUUCCUAUUCUGUUACAAGGUGUGUGUUUACGAGUUUUUCCUUAUUUGUCCAGGGACAAUUGUUGCCAGUAGUUUUCUACGCCCACCCCGUAAGAAUGACUUACGGGGUGGGCAUAGAUAAUUAGUUUUCAAAAAUAUUUAGUAUAAGUUGUUUACUACUAUAACUGCUUGAAUGCGAUUAAUCCAGAAAUUGUUACAAUUUUUUUUAUUUCAAGUUUUCAUGUCUGUGUCUCAUGGAAUCAUCCAAUUUGGUUCGUCAAAAAAAUUGUCUGGUAAUGGCAGCAGCUUCUGCAGUUCAAGCAGCGAGAGAGAAAAUCAGUGGAGAUGAAAAGGUUUUGCAAACGUCUUUCAGACUGAGCAGUAAAUCAAACAAUACAAAUAAGUAGUACAAUUACGUCAAUAACUACGAGCUUGUAUCCUUUAACACUCCGCAAAGGAGGUCGAAAUCUCAAACUCGAUGGAAGUUCCAUUGAUGAAAGGGAACAAGCGACUGGUUUUGCUGUUAUUCCUUACAUUCAGGGUGUUACGGAACCCAUCAAGAGAACGUUAAACAACGUUAAAGUUGCUCAAAAACCUUUUCAGACUUUGGGGCAUAUUUUUACCAAACCUAAGGAUCCUGUCACGAAAGAACAACGAACCGACGCCACUUAUUCUAUUCCUUGCAAUGACUGUGAUAACGAAUACAUCGGACAGACCAAACGUCAGUUUGGUACUCGUUUGAAAGAGCAUCAAAGAGCGGUUUCCUUUUGCAAAAAAGAAAAUUCAGCUUUAUCGGAGCACACAUACCUAACUAACCAUGCAAUUAGUUGGGAUAAGCCUAUUAUUAACAAAUUUGGUGCUCUCAAAACGAGCUUUUUUAAAUUUUUUUUUCAGACUAAGCUUUUAAGGAAGUGUCUCGGACAUGUUGAUGCGUGUCGCGUCUUACGAAAGAAGAUUGGAAUCGGAGGUUUAAAUAGCAGCCUGAAAGGUGAUAAAAACAUUUUUUUGUGCUCCUUAAGCAUUUUUCUCCCAAAUGAUUAGUCCAAAGUCGGAUUCAAAGGUUCUGAUGCCUUGUUCAAGAAUCAAAAUUUACAAAAAUCGAUGACCUCUCAAAUUACGUACUUCUCAACAUAGUUGCUCCAAAAAUCUAAAGGAUGUCCAGUUGCACAAGUAAAGAUCUUUUAAAUUAACGAUAAUUCAUAUCUUUCAGAUGAAUCGUUAUUACUGCUGGCGUUAUAUGAAUUCGAAGCAAAAGCACAACUGGGUGAUUCAGACCUCUGUUUCUGUCUUGAUGCUGCUGAGGCUCUACUCAACGCAGAUCCAGGAACAUUUGAAACCUUUGCUGGUACAAUUUUCAAUGUUUAAAAUGUAGAAAUAUGAAUUUUCCACAAAUACCGAUUUUCUAGUCUUUUUCAUUUUAAUUUUAUGAACUAUCUUCCCUUUCUGUAGAAUUUACCGUGUUUUCUCAUUUUCUCUAACUUUAUUGGCAAUUAAUUCGUUCUCCCCUCCUCCUGCUUCUCUAAUUUCCACCCGGGGUAGUUUGAUUGUGUGGUAUUUUAACUUUCUUGUGAUCGAAUCCAGCGCUUGCAGUUGAGCCGCCUGCUUACCACAGGGAGAUAAGCAUGAGGGCACUGAGAAUUGCGAUAAAGAAACACUUAGCUAUGGACGUGAUUGACUUCACUAAAUUAAGGUAACUAUGUGUGUCGUUAACAAUUCCAUCACAAUCACGUUAUCACUAUUUCUAACAUACCAUUGCCGCGAGCUAAAGCAAUUUUCCGAAGCGAAUGUACGAUACCCUUCUCUCGCUUCUUUUUUGCAGCAAAGCUUUUCAUAGUCUGGUGCACCACGCAUUAAGUAGUGGUAGCAGCAGUGAUGCCGAAAGUAAGGAAGAGGCCUUCGCUGUUUACCAGGACAUAUGUAAAAUCAUCGAGAACCAAGCGAAGGUACCCACUAUAAACAAAUAGAUAACUACAGUAUGUUUGGGUCCAAGCUACAGUAUAGGCAUAUAUAUAAAACAUUGAGGUUGGUGGCGUGAUAACCUUUUGAAAAGGCGGAGUAGGUCACAGGAAACGAUGUUAAGAUCACACAGGCCCAUUUCUACCCCAGAAUGCAAUAAAUAGUGGUUAUCAACCAUAUGCUGAGUGGUAACCUGCAUGGUAACAUUUUAGAUAGUACGACUGAAUGAAGCGAAGAAUAUCCGCUUGCAAUGAAAUAGCUCAUGCUCUUUUAAAUCCAGGGCUGUUAUCCUGAAAUUCAGAUCUUAUGGCUGAUGACAAAGGCAUGGAACUGUGGAGUAAACUUAUUCAGGUACUGCCAUAGUGAAUGAUGAACUUUCACAAGCCACAAAAAAGUAUUUCGUUGAAUUAAAACAGUUUGGUAAAACGACAGAAAAUGCAAUGAUAAAUCUUUCAGCCCAACCAUCCAGUCUACCGAAUGACUUACAAUAGAAAAAAAAAACCCUGUCGAAAUCAGAAUAUUUAUUGUGGAAUUUGAGAGGGGAUUUCAGUUUGUUACGAGACGUACAGAAAUGACUCGACGGUCAAUGGUGUGCCAUAAGUGUGCAAAUCCGAUUGCAUCUGAUGGUGAAAUCCCUUUCAAUGAUAAUCCAAAAUCAUGCGAGAGAUGGCUUUAAAUUAAAAGCAGAUUAUAAUUUUUUUGUUUAACAGAAUGUUUGAGGUUAGCUUUGUUAGAUUUCUAUCUGUAAUUUUGCAACUGUAUUGUAAAUCACUGCAAUUUUGCUAUACUUUUCGCGUUCCACUGGUGUAGUCACGGCUUGUAUUAUAUUCCCUAAAAGAAACCAGUUCUCUAUUAAUUAUAAAUUAAGCAACUAAACUAUAGCCGAGGUAGUUCGAAUAUUUGAAUAUUUCUGCAAAUGCGCAAAAUAAUGCAAAUCAUUCUCAUUCUAGCGCUGGCGGUCACGAAGCCGGAGAGAAAUGGUGUGGAUUGGCCAUGAAACUGCUUCAUCACUUGUCGACAUUUAAGUGUAACUAUCAGGAUAAGGUAUCCCAUGUUAAGCCAUUUCAAGUGAUUAAACUAUCCAUUUCACUAUUUAUUUAGUCAUUACAUUUUCUCUCCUUCUUUAAUAGAUUGAAUCAAAAUCAAAUAAAUUUAUACUAGAUAGUCAUCCAUUUCUUGAUAUUUGCUAAAAUACAAGAAAUGUGACAUCCAUCAAGAUGAUAUGUAAAGAAUAAUAAAUGGGCGUGCGUAGAUAUGGAAUUUCUUUUCGAGUGUUUAACUCGAUAGCUCACGAGUGAGAUGGUUAUGGCCUUUCUCAGGGUUGGAAAUCCUUGUGUAACACCGUAGUUAAUAUUGUAAAAGGUUUUUGUUUUUACCAUAGAUGACCAAAGUUUACGGGGAUAUAUUGGAUCGUAUGGAGAGGAACACAUUAAAAGGUCAAGUUGAAGAGUGA